AUGAAUGAGAAUGAUGUUAAUGUGAACGUCAAUGACGAUGUAAAUGCUGGGGUUAAUACUGAAACGAAUGCAAAUGUAAUGAACGAAGAUAACAUGGAAGAACCAAUUGAUACAUAUGAUCCAAAAAAUUGGAACAUAAUUGAUCAAAAGUUAAUUGAUAUUCUUGUGGAGAAAGGUCCUAUAAGGGUUAGUGAUUUUGAAUUUCCUUAUGACAACAUCUCUGGAAAAUGUUUUUUGGUCACGUAUUAUACAAAAAGUUUAACGAAUUUGGAGAAGCAAGAUAGAAGGUGGCUUAUAUAUUCAAUUUCUUUGGACAAGGUGUUUUGUUUUUGUUGCAAGUUGUUCAAGAAGCGUGAGAAUACUAUGCAAUUAGCUAACGAUGGUUCAAUGAUUGGAAUAAUCUUUGUGGAAGGAUUCAAGGGCAUGAAAAGAGUGAUGAGCACCGAGAUUGUGUGCAUAUGUGGCUCGAGUUAG